AUGGAUAGGUGUCCCCCAGAGAUACAUGCCCUCAUCUUCUCCUUCGCAUGCUCGGAUGACGGUACCACUGGCCGCUCUCUCGCGCUCGUCUCCCGCUACAUUCACACUGUCUCUGCGCCCUUCCACUGGCAAUCUCUCGCCAUCUCCGGGCUCGACCAGGCGCGCGGGUUCACCGCCCUCCUGCGCGCUACCAAAGCCGGAGCUGCGCGGCCGCGGCGCCGCUCGCGCGCGCUGCAGGCGCCUGUGCGACAGCGACAGCGGCCUCGCCCGAUUCACCACCUCUUCCUAUCGACACGGCGCGCGGCGGACGCAGCAGACGGCUGGCCCGCGGUGCAGCUGGAGGACUGGCCCAUGUGCCAAGCGGAGAUCCUCGCGUACGCGAGCCCGACGCUCGAGACGCUUGCGUUCGUCGCGUUCGACCCUUUCCUCAACAGCGCGACGUGCAUCCGCGUGCUGCUCGCGGUCCCCCUGCCGCGCCUGGUGGAGCUCACGAUCCGCGGGCGAUGCACACCGUCGCAGGUGUCGCUCACACUGUCGGACGAGGCAGUCGAUGUGGCCAGCGAAACCGCUGUGGAUGCCGUGGAUGGUGUGGCGGACGCGGGGGAAGGGCACUCGGGCUUAAGACCGUGCUUGCGGCGGCUGCAUCUGGCUUGUGCAUAUCACGGCUUCGCGUACGGCACAAAGUCGACGCACGAUCUGAUACACACGUUAUCCCCCCGGCUCACGCACCUGCGCUUGUCCAUGCUCGACAUGUGGGGCAGCAGGCGCGUCACGGAGAUUCUGCACGCAGAGUGUGCAGAGCGCGGAAUCGUCUCGCGCGUGCUAGAUCUACCCGCGCUCCCUGGGGACGAAGGGACGGAGCUGCCGAGUGGACGUAGCAUCGCAGGGGAGGUCGCGUGGUUGCGUGUGGUGCCCGCGAGCGUGCAACGGUUCGUGAUUGCGCCGCCGCCGACGGGGGUGUCCGACUUUUACUGUUCGUGCUGUAUGGACGUGCGCGGAGACGCGGAUGUGAUGAGGGUGUUUGAAGCGAUGGCGGGGACGGCGGAUGAGCGGUUUGCUUACGUGCGUGUGCGAGAGAAAAUGGGAUAUGGGUAUGCAGACGCGAAGGCAGAUUGGCUCGAGCGAGUAGCCGGCGGAGAAGGGUGCUGGAGGGAGAGAGAGGGCAGCGAAGGAGAAGAUGCAAGGUGGCCGAAUGGAGAUGAGACGGACGCACGAGAGGAAGAGACGCAGACCGAAGGAAGCGCGAUGCAGGAUAAUGGGAGGAAGGGACGGAUCUGGAACAAGGUGAAGAGGCUGCGGCUGUGGCGGGCACGAGAGGCGUCAAAGGAGAAGUAUCAGAAAGGGACAGGUUCUGGGUCCGCAUGA